AUUGCAUGAUAUUCUGAUUUCUAUCGCAAUAAAACUUAGUUGUCCCUUGUAUUGCGUCUAAUGAUGUCUUCGGCUGCCAAGUAUCUGUUCCGCAACAGAGUGGUGGUAGUGACUGGGUCUGGCAAUGGACUAGGGAGGGAGUAUGCUCUCCUGUUCGCCAAGAGGGGCGCCAAAGUCGUAGUGAACGACUAUGGAGGGGAUAUAUUGGGAGGUAGAGGUCAACAGGGUUCGAACAACCCAGCCGACAGAGUGGUGAGUGAAAUCAGAGCAUCAGGGGGAGAAGCAGUGCCCAAUUACGAUUCGGUGGAGGAAGGCCAGAAGAUAGUGGACACUGCUAUCAAAUCAUUUGGACGCAUAGAUGUGCUGGUGAACAAUGCUGGGAUCCUCCGUGACAAGUCCUUUCUCAAGAUGACCGACGAGGACUGGGACAUGAUAUUCCGAGUGCACGUUCGUGGCUCUUACGUCACCACCAAGGCCGCCUGGCCCCACUUCCGGCAGCAGAACUUCGGCCGAGUAGUUAUGACGUCAUCCACCUCGGGUCUCUAUGGUUCGUUCGGCCAGGCCAACUACUCGGCAGCCAAGAUGGCACUCGUGGGUUUGAGUAGCACUCUGGCCAAGGAAGGAGCGAAGUACAAUAUACAUUGUAAUGCGGUAGCUCCAGUGGCCGGAUCCAGACUCACGCAGACAGUCAUGCCACCAGAUUUGGUGGAUGCUCUGAAGCCGAGCUAUGUGGCGCCUGUAGUGGCCUAUCUGUGCCAUGAAUCUUGCCAGGAGAAUGGAUCCAUAAUAGAGACCGCUGCUGGAUGGGCGGCCAAAUGCCAGCUGUUUAGAUCACCGGGAAUCCAAAUGGAAACUCAAGACACACCUAUAUCAGUUGAAUCAGUGGCUUCUAACUGGGACAGUGUAUGUGACUUGAACAGGAGUAAAUUAGUAGCCACUUCUGACCAGCAGGAGACAGUGCAGAAUUUACUCUCCCUCAUCCAGGGCUCAUCAGAAAUACCCACUGUGGGGUCCAAAAAGGAACAGUCGACUGUUCGGCCAACAAGUCCCAAGCCGACAGAAGGACUGCCCCCUUUCAAUGACCCCACCAGACACCCUCCUGACCCCACCCAGUAUGUCAUCACACACAGAGAUGUAGUGCUAUACAAUAUUGCAGUUGGUGCCAAAGAGACUGAGCUGGACUUGGUGUACGAGAACAGCGAUGACUUCGCAGCCAUUCCUAGCAUGGCAGUGUUGCCUGCCCAGAGGGUGAUCAUGACCCCUGAAUUGCUCAUGUCACACCCGAGGUUACAGGACAUUGACCUCACAAAGGUGUUGCAUGGUGAGCAGUACGUGGAGCUGUUGAAACCUUUCCCCGUUAGUGGGUCUCUUGUGUCCAAAGUGGACAUUGCAGAAGUAGUGGACAAAGGCAGUGGGGCAUUGGCCAUCAUCAAUGUUGACUCGUUUGACGACAGCGGUGAGAAAGUGUGUUUCAACCAGUUCGGCAUCUUCAUCGUCGGCCAUGGUGGCUUUGGGGGACCCAAGGUCGCAGCAGCAGCGAGGCCCUUAGGUAAGAAGCCUUCGAGGGAACCGGACAGGGUAGUGAGAGAGAAGACAAGAGGAGAUCAGGCUGCUUUGUACAGACUGUGUGGUGACUGGAACCCACUUCACGUCGACUCCAACUUCGCCCAAAUGGCAGGUUUUUCAAAGCCUAUCCUGCAUGGCAUGUGCAGUUUUGGAUUUGCUACCCGCCACAUAGUCUCCGAGUUCUGUAACCAUGACCCUUCUCAAAUCAAAGCAUUAAAGGCUCGUUUCUCGAAGCCAAUCUUCCCCGGAGAGACAAUAGAAACCCGAAUGUGGAAAGAAAAAGACACUGUUCACUUCGAAUGUCACGCUGCUGAGAGUGGGAACGUCAUUAUCAGUGGAGCGUACGCCACUUUAUCAGCCGAUGAAAACUCCAAAUCAAAACUAUGAAACAUCUAUCGCUUGUCAAAUGAUAAGCUAUUUGUCAGGCGGUCAAAU